AUGUCGACGAAAGCGCUCAUACCUGGGAACUCCCAGCGGGCUCGCUCGACGGCUCUCAACGCCUUCGAGCGCUUCGCGGUCGCCGAGGGCUUAACCGUCAACGCCAUCUAUGAGUUUGUAGGUGGGGAUUCAACUGGCGAUACUCUCUACAUUGUUCUCGACAAAUUUGCAGUGUAUUUAGCAUUUAAAGAAAUCUCGAACGGCUCGCUGGUAUCCAAGAACUCGGUCGCCAGCUACUUUGGCAACGUCAAGAACCACCAACUCGAGCUGUUUCCAGCUUUAAGUGCCGUAUCGGGUCGUCGGCUGCAAAAGAUUGCGUCAAUCCUCGACAAGUACUGCUCCAAGCGAGGCACAGACUUUACGCACCAGGCCCCACCGUGCACGAAAAGCGACCUGCGCUCGCUCAGCUUAGCGAUAUUGAAGGGAGCUGUAUCUGUGCAGGACUACCAGGAUGCAGCCCUUCUCAACAUUCUUUGGUAUUUGCUGGGUCGGUCUUCAGACACUAUGUGUCUCGUGAAAAACCAGGUCGCUGUAUACCCUGACCGUGGAGGCUGGAGCAUGAGUGCUGUGAGCAAAGCGUUCAAUUAUACUGUUGGCACGACGCAGGAAGAUCAAACCGUCGGCAAGUCGUUAGCUGGAUGGGAUUUAAAAGCUAGUCCGCGGCUACCUGCACUGGACGACUUCGAUCCUCUGGUUCUGCAUCGAAUUCGCCUACUUCAAGACCGGCUUUUCUCGGCUGCGAAGGGGUUCACGGAGAGACUCAGCUUGCGAGAUGAUGUAGUGGACGUACUUACCGCCACCGCCAUUCUCCACUACCCCGACAUGCUUCGGCUUAGACCAAAGUCACUGUACAUCAAACGGGUUCAAGAAGCACUAAGUCAGCAGGCGCAGAUCCUUGGAGGGCUAGCAGCCGAAGUGAAGGCAUUGAACCAGCGGGUGCAGCGGCUUGAGCACCCAUCGGACUGGUUUAUACUGCCGCAGUGGUUUCUGCCCCCGUUGCCAAGCGCGCGUCCAAACCGGCGGCGCUAUCACGAGUGCAAGUUGGCCGUGGCCUUUAUGCGGGUUUUUCUCCCAGCCGGAUACAACGUGACCGGAGAUGAGGUCACAGCAAAGGUACGCAUCCUGAGCUCAGGACGGGAGGCCGAGGCAAACGUUCUUGCUUUCCUGGAGGCUGAGAACGUCAAAGCAAAGUCGCAUGACACAAUUGUUAAUGUUUUGAAGCGGAUGUAUGCUCAAGGCAAGCUAGACGACCGCAUCAGGAAUUACCAGCGACUUCAGCAGGAAGGCAAGGCUCUUGAAGAUGCACUGGUGCAUGUUCUUGAGCCCUACAACAAUCACAGCACAACGUAA